AUGUCUCCAGACAAUUCAGAGUCAACUGAGCCUCGCAGACCACCAACCUUCGAAGGCAGCGUCAACCUGAAAGACUUCAUGUUCCAGGGCAACGAUUCAUAUCCCAGGCGAAGUGCCCGGAUAUCAAAGUCAACCGAUGGCCCAGCCUCAAUACUACCUCGGCCAUCCUCACCUCCCAAGCGGAAGAAGAGGCGGGCACGAAGCACCCAGGAGGCAGACCAGGAGGCAGAUCCUCUGAGUCCCAGCAAGCCCAGCCCGAAGAAGAGAAAGCGUACGGCAUCUUCCUAUGCCCCUCCCUCUACCUACGCCCAUCUCCCCCUGUUGCCCGAUGCCAUCACCGCCAACCUCAUCGUCCAGUUCGUCGGGCUCAACCCGGGCAUCCAGACCGCCCGCUCCGGCCACGCCUACGCGCACCCCUCCAACCUGUUCUGGAAGCUCCUCUUCUCGAGCGGCAUCACCCCGCGGCUCUGCUCUCCAACCGAGGACCGCCAGAUGCCCGAGCUCUACUCCCUGGGCCUGACCAACAUCGUCGGGCGGCCCAGCCGCAACGGCGCCGAGCUCAGCAAGGCGGAGAUGGACGAGGGGGUCGCCAUCCUGGAGGAGAAGGCGAGGAAGUGGCGCCCGGAGAGCAUGUGCAUCGUGGGCAAGAGCAUCUGGGAAAGCAUCUGGCGCGUCAGGCACGGCCGCGCCAUCACUAAGAGUCAGUUCAAGUACGGCUGGCAGGACGCGAGCGAGAACAUGGGCGUUAUUGACGGUGAGUGGGAGGGCGCGCGCGUAUUUGUUGGUACCAGCACCAGCGGGCUGGCUGCCACGCUUUCUCCAGCAGAGAAGCAGAGGAUAUGGAGCGAGCUUGGGAGCUGGGUCAAGGAAAGGAGAGCGGAGCGGGAGGCUGAGCAAGAGGAGGCGAGCUGA